AUGUUGUCGCAACGCGACGAGAACAACGAGAAAUUGAUGCCGCUCGCCAAAAAGCUUCGGCUUACGGACAACGAGGCGACGAACAUCACGUUCCAGCAGCACUCGAUCGGUCGCGACGAGCGCGCGAUGGCGAUCGGACGACACGAGGGAUUCCGCGGUUGUACCAUCUGGUUCACCGGCCUCUCCGGCGCCGGCAAAACGACAAUCUCGUUCGCGUUGGAGCGCAAAUUGAAUCAGCUCGGCAUUCCGUGCUACGGUCUCGACGGCGACAACGUUCGUCAUGGGCUGUGCAAAAAUUUGGGAUUCUCGAAGGAGGAUCGCAAGGAGAACAUUCGACGCGUCGCCGAAGUCGCCAAAUUGUUCGCCGACGCCGGCCUCAUUUGUCUGGCGGCGUUCAUUUCGCCGUUUCAGGAGGAUCGAUUGGAGGCGCGCAAGAUUCACGAGGCCGAAGGCGUCAAAUUCAUCGAGGUGCACGUGGCGACGACGCUGGAAGUUUGCGAGCUGCGUGAUCCGAAACAACUUUACAAAAAAGCUCGCGCUGGUCAAAUCCGCGGCUUCACCGGCAUCGACAGCGCUUAUGAGCCGCCAGAGCACGCUGAACUAGUGCUUGACGCUGGCUGCUGCACCGUUGAGAAGUGUGUCAAUCAGGUGCUGAAGCAUCUGACCGCCGCCGGAAUUGUGCCGAAACCCGACGACGAGAUCCACGAGCUGUUCGUCGAGGAUGCGACGGAAGUGGCGGCGCUGACGGCGGAAGCCGCUCGUCUUCCGACGGUCGACAUGACGAAGGUCGACCUUCAAUGGCUUCAGGUUCUCGCCGAAGGCUGGGCGAGCCCGCUGACCGGAUUCAUGAGAGAACGCCAAUAUUUGCAAUCGUUGCACUUUGGCCAGAUACUCGAUCUCAAGAAGAAGGUGGCGUUCGUUGGCGAGAAGCAAGACGAUGAUUGCGAGAUCAAGCCGAUCGAGCCGAAGAAUCAAUCGAUUCCGAUUGUGUUGCCGAUCGACGACGCCACACGGGCGCAGAUUCUCGCGCACGGUUUGAAGCGGAUCGCGUUGAAGUACGACGGCGCGCUGGUGGCGAUUCUCGACGAUGGCGAGAUUUUCGAGCAUCGUAAAGAGGAGCGAGUGUGCCGCCAAUUCGGCACCAACGACACCCGCCAUCCCACCAUUGGAUUGAUAAUGGAGUCGGGCGAUUGGCUUCUCGGCGGCGAUGUCAAAGUGUUGACACGAAUCAAAUUCAACGACGGACUCGACGAGUAUCGAAGAACGCCGCGGGAAUUGCGCGCGAUUUUCGAGGAGAUGGAGGCCGACGCGGUGUUCGCGUUCCAGCUCCGCAAUCCGAUUCACAACGGCCACGCGCUUCUCAUGCGCGACACACGCGAGAAGCUGCUCGCCGAGCACCGCAAUCCGGUGCUCCUCCUCCAUCCGCUCGGCGGUUGGACGAAAGACGACGAUGUGCCGUUGGCGGUUCGCAUUCGGCAACACCUCGCCGUCAUCGACGACGGCGUUCUCGAUGCCUCGUGGACGGUCCUCUCGAUAUUCCCGAGUCCGAUGAUGUACGCGGGACCGACGGAGGUGCAAUGGCACGCGCGCUCGCGAAUCGCCGCCGGCAUUCAACAGUACAUUGUCGGACGCGAUCCGGCCGGAAUUCCGAAGCCGGGCGGCACCGAAGCGCUCUACGAUACGACGCAUGGUGCCAAGGUGCUCUCGAUGGCCCCAGGAUUGUCGGGAUUGCGAAUUUUGCCGUUCCGCGUCGCCGCCUAUGACAAGACGAUUCAGAAGAUGGCGUUUUUCGAUCCAUCGCGAAAAGACGAUUUCGAGAAUAUCAGCGGAACAAAAAUGAGGGGAUUGGCGAGAAAUGGCGAAUUGCCGCCGGAUGGUUUCAUGGCGCCGAGCGCGUGGAAAAUUCUCGCCGAUUAUUACAAAUCGCUUCAGACGGCUUCCAAAUAG